AUCAAUUAGAGAAAACAGGAACAACUGAGCAUUUAUUCUUUUCUUUUACUUUCAUGAAGAAGAGUAAUUUGUCACCAAACAUGACUGUCGUUCCUUUUAUUUUUCUCAUUUUCUUGUUCAACUUCUAUCCUCUGAUUGCCCAAUCAGCUGAACACACAACCGAAACGAUUGAAAAGAAAAACUUACAGACCUACAUUGUCCAUGUCAACCAACCAGAAGGAAGAACCUUUUCCCAGCCAGAAGAUUUGAAGAACUGGCACAAGUCAUUUUUAUCAUUUAGCACAGCAAGCUCUGAGGAGGAGCAGCAGCAACGCAUGCUUUACUCAUACCAGAAUAUAAUCAGUGGCUUUUCUGCAAGACUGACACAGGAGGAAGUGAAAGCCAUGGAGGAGAUUACCGGCUUUGUGUCUGCAUGUCUUGAAAGAAAAUUACGUCUACAGACAACACACACUCCUAGCUUCUUGGGAUUGCACCAGCAAAUGGGAUUAUGGAAAGACUCGGAUUUUGGCAAGGGUGUAAUUAUUGGAAUACUAGAUGGUGGAGUUUAUCCCAGCCAUCCUUCAUUCAGUGACGAAGGAAUGCCACUGCCUCCAGCCAAAUGGAAAGGAAGAUGUGAGUUUAAUGCAUCAGAGUGUAACAACAAGCUAAUUGGUGCAAGGACUUUCAAUCUCGCAGCAAAGACCAUGAAGGGAGCACCGACUGAACCACCAAUUGAUGUUGAUGGCCAUGGGACUCAUACAGCAAGUACAGCUGCAGGUGGCUUUGUAUACAAUUCUGACGUGCUUGGAAAUGCCAAAGGCACAGCAGUCGGAAUGGCACCUUUUGCUCAUUUGGCUAUUUACAAAGUGUGCUUCGGAGAUCCUAAUGAUGAUUGCCCUGAAAGUGAUGUCUUAGCUGGGCUUGAUGCAGCAGUUGAUGAUGGUGUCGAUGUUCUCUCACUCUCACUUGGAGAUGUAUCAAUGCCAUUUUUCCAAGACAACAUAGCAAUAGGCUCCUUUGCAGCAAUUCAGAAGGGAAUUUUCGUAAGCUGUUCAGCAGGAAACUCUGGGCCUUCCAAGAGCACAUUAUCUAAUGAAGCCCCAUGGAUUCUCACAGUUGGAGCAAGCACCAUAGAUAGAAGAAUUGUUGCCAUAGCAAAGCUUGGAAAUGGAGAAGAAUUGGAUGGAGAAUCCGUUUCCCAGCCUAGCAACUUUCCGACAACACUGUUACCCAUUGUUUAUGCUGGUAUGAAUAGUAAACCAGACUCCGCAUUUUGUGGCGAGGGAGCACUGGAAGGCAUGAAUGUAAAAGACAAAGUAGUCAUGUGUGAAAGAGGAGGGGGGAUAGGCAGAAUUGCUAAAGGAGACGAAGUGAAAAAUGCUGGGGGUGCUGCCAUGAUACUUGUGAAUGACGAGACUAACGGCUUCAGUACCAUAGCUGAUGCUCAUGUCCUUCCUGCAACCCAUGUAAGCUUUGCAGCAGGGUUGAAGAUUAAAGCUUAUAUUAAUUCAACAAAGACACCAAUGGCGACAAUUUUAUUUAAAGGAACUGUCAUAGGAGACUCAUCAUCUCCAGCUGUUACUUCAUUCUCGUCAAGAGGCCCCAGCUUGGCAAGCCCUGGCAUUCUGAAACCGGACAUCAUCGGUCCUGGCGUAAGCAUUUUAGCAGCGUGGCCCUUUCCCCUUGACAAUAAUACCAAUACAAAAUUAACCUUCAACAUAAUGUCUGGCACUUCGAUGUCAUGCCCUCAUCUUAGUGGCAUUGCAGCCUUACUCAAGAGCUCUCAUCCUUACUGGUCACCUGCUGCGAUUAAAUCUGCCAUAGUGACUACUGCAGAUAUCCUAAACAUGGAAGGCAAACCCAUCGUUGAUGAAACACAUCAACCUGCAGAUUUCUUCGCCACUGGUGCAGGCCAUGUUAACCCAUCAAGGGCAAAUGAUCCAGGAUUAGUUUAUGACAUCCAACCAGAUGAUUAUAUACCUUAUUUGUGUGGCCUGAACUACACAGAUGAGCAAGUCAGCAUAAUUGCACAUAGACCAAUUUCAUGCUCAACAAUUCAAACCAUAGCAGAAGGGCAGCUGAACUACCCUUCCUUUUCUGUCACAUUAGGACCACCACAGACAUUCAUACGGACUGUGACCAAUGUUGGUUAUGCAAAUUCAGUUUUUGCAGCAACAAUUACUUCCCCACCAGGUGUUGCGGUAAGUGUCAAACCCUCUAGACUCUACUUUUCAAAGUUGAACCAGAAGGCAACAUACUCGAUAACAUUCAGUCAUACUGGAUAUGGUGCCAAAACCAGCGAAUUCGGUCAAGGUUAUAUCACGUGGGUUUCUGAUAAAUACUUUGUCGGGAGUCCAAUCUCUGUAAGAUUCAAGUGAAAGGAGGCAUCUAUGUUGCACUUAGUAGGCAACCAGUGUUUAUAUCAUCAAAUCAUCUUAAAUUCCUGAUUUGAUUGCAAAUAAAUGAAUCAGUUAAAAAAUUUCUUUUCGACUU